AUGGAAUCAAGAUAUCUUCAAAUGUGCCUGGGGACAUGCCUAACUCAAGGCCUCGCAGAAGUUGCAAGAGUUCGUCCAUUGGAUCCAAUUGAAUAUUUAGCCUUGUGGAUUUAUAAGCACAAGGAAAACAUGAACAUGGAGCUAAUGAGACAGAGAGACAUGAUUGCAUUGGAGCAAGAGAGAGAAUUAGCCAUGAUGGAGCAGGAGAUGCUGGAACGACUCAAGGCAGAAGAACUCUUGUUUCAGCAGCAGUUGGCAUUCCAGCUGGAGUUGGAAAUGCAACAAAAAGAGAAACAGAAGACAGAAGAUUCUAAGACAGGGCAAGAAAAAUCAAGUAAGGACAUGAUGAACAUGGAGAGCAUGCCAAGGGGUGAGGAGGCCAUGCAGUCAGAGGAAUCGAUGGACUCGGGCAAGACCCUAGCAGAGAUCAGCGACCGUUAUGGGGCGCCCAACCUGAGCCGAGUGGAAGAGCUGGAUGAGCCAAUGUUGUCUGAUGUUGCGUUAAACAUUGAUCAAGAUCUGUAG